AUGUACGAAAAGGAUCAUAUGCAUUCAGCUGUCUUUGCUCGUGCCUCCGCGCAGAACUUGCAUAGUUCUGUCGAGGAUAUUUGGUUUGCCGCUGCUCAUGCUGAAUUGACUGCUCGCCGGGCCAUUCCUCAUGAUGUUGAGCAUGUUUGGGUUUGGAACGGUAUUCCUAUUGUUUUUGGGUGUCCGGAUUGUCACCGCACCAGAGGUUGGCAAGCAUGA